AGAAGUGAGGUUAUCACUUCCCUUUUUCAUAGAAAAACGGCCAGAAAAGGGGCCAAAAGGCUAAAGAAAUUCAUACGUAUUUUCCUCGUACAAGUAGAGAUUGGGAUGUCUACACUGUUAUUGAGUUCAUCAAUUCUGUGAAUCUUUCCAUAACUCUAUAUAAAUUAGAUAAGAUUUGAUUGGUAAGGGAGUCUCACAGGUUACUACACUUGCAGAAGGACAAACAAUGGAAGGCAGGAGCGUUUCUUCUCAUCAUUUAGUUUGUUUCUUCUUCUUCGUUUCUGUAUUCCUUGAAGUUUCUAUCUUCGCACAAGGGCAACUUCUCAUCGGAAAGAAACCCGACCCUGAUAAUGCUGCUGCUACCGCUCGGUGGUUGGUCUCUCUGAAUUCAUGGGGGGUUUUGAGUACCAUUUCAAGUGAUAUGGGAGGAGCACCAUUUGGGAACGUGGUUUCAUUUAGUGAUGGAUUGCCUGAUCAAGGCCGUGGUAUACCAUACUUCUAUUUGACUACUCUUGAUCCAACUGCUAGAGAUGCAUUGAAGGAUCAGAGGUCAUCAUUUACAAUUAGUGAGUACCCUAUUGGGACUUGUGGCAGAACGAACCCUGAGAACCCCACUUGUGCAAAACUAACCCUUACAGGAAAGUUGAAGUUGGUAGACAGACACUCUAGUGAAGCAGAUUUUGCUGAACGUGCCUUGUUCUCAAAGCAUUCUGAGAUGAAAGAUUGGCCCAAGGAUCAUAAUUUUCAGUUCUACAAACUGGAAAUUGAAGACUUAUUUUUGAUCGACUGGUUUGGUGGUCCUAAACCUCUCACUUUGGACAAGUAUCUGCAUCCCACAAUGGCCCAAUGUGAGAAUCAACUGGCCUCCGUGGUGUGAAUACCUACCCUACGCAAAAAUCCUCUAAAUGUUCAUAUGUUCAACUUCAAAUGUUAUUUGUAUCAUUUAAUACUGUCAUCAUGUAUGUUAUAUGGCAAAUGUCAUUUAUAUCAAGUAAUCCUGUCAUAGAAUAAAUAAAUAAAUGAACUAUUCUUCUGUAUAUUUUAGUUCAUUUUAAUUACUGUUAUUAAUUAAUCUUCCAGCUUUGACCUAGUGUGACUGGGAUUGUAUAUUUGUGCACCCAAAAGAAAGGAGAGGAAAGAGAACAUGCAUAUUUGCAGUGUCUUGCA